UUCAGAGGGGGAGACCGUGGAGGAGGAGGCUUCCGAGGGGGGGACCGUGGAGGAGGAGGCUUCCGAGGAGGGGACAGAGGCCGGGGAAGGGGAGGGCCACCCAGGGAACCGGCAGGGGUCUUCCUGCCUGGCGUGCCGGCAAACGUCGAUGCGCGUCUGACGGACAAUUCUGAGGAAGCCCUCGUGGCCUCCUUGAGGUCAUUGACGGUUCAGGACACGGACUUGCCUGUGCGGCCUGGCUUCGGAACCGGUGGCGUUCAGAUUAAGUUGCGCACGAACUUCUUCCCCGUGCGCGUGCCCAAGGGGCCACUCCACGAGUACGAUGUCGCCAUCACGCCCGCUACGGCCAUCAAGCGGAUAAAGCGCAGGAUAUUCCAGCUCGCGGAACAGACAGCCGACUGGGCCAAUGCGGGCAUGGUCGGGCGGGUCGCGCACGACCACAGUACCAAGCUGAUCUCGUCGUUCAAGCUCCCGCAGCCACUCGUUGUGCAGGUCACGUACACGGAUGAAGAUGAGGACGAAGACAAGAAGAAGCCGAAGGAGUUCGCCCUCACCAUCAAGUACAUCCAAGACAUCGAGACGCAGAGUCUCGUCAAUUAUCUCGACGGACAGCGGCAGCACCGUGGAUACGACGUCCUCCCUGUCAUUGCUGCGCUGAACCUUAUCCUUGCGGCACACCCGAAUCGUCCGGGAGGCGGUGGCGUCAUGGUAGGCAAGAACCGAUUCUUCCACCCGUCGGCGGCGCAUCCGCCGCUCUCGCUGGGCGGGGGGCUCGAGGCGUGGCGUGGCUUCUACUCGUCCGUGCGUCCGGCGUACAAGCAGUUGAUGGUCAACGUGAACGUGUGCACGACGGCAUUCUACACGCCGGGCAACCUCGCCGUCCGCAUGCAGGAGUUCUACAAUGCGAGCUUCGGCGCACGCUAUGCGGCUUUCGUGAAGGGCGUCCGCGUGAAGACCACUCACCUUGGCUACACGAAGACAGUGAAGACGGCGGCGAGGGUCAACGCCCGUCAGCACAAGUUCCGCACCGACGACUACGGGGAGGUGACGGUAGAGCAGUAUUUCCAGCGAAAGUACAACAUCCGACUGCAGUUUCCUGACCUGCCACUCAUCGACGUCGGCGGCCAGAAGCAAAACCUGCUCCCCGCCGAGGUCUGCACGAUCCUCGAGCGGCAACCGUUCCGCGGUAAACUCCUCGACGAGCACAUCGCCUCGAUGAUCACCGUCGCGCUGCAGCCGCCGAACGUUAACGCGCGCGCGAUCACCGAGCGCGGGCUGGACGAGCUGGGCUUCCGCGAGGGCCCGAACCCGCUCGCAGCCUUCGGCGUGAGCAUCGGCUCGGAGAUGGCAGUCGUCCCGGGGCGCAUCCUCCAGCCGCCGCAGCUGCAAUACGGCCAGGGUUCGCCGCGCGUCGACGACCGCGCGAGCUGGAACCUGCGCGACGUCAAGUUCGCCGUGGGCGGCCGCCUCGAGAAGUGGGCCGUGCUCCUCAUCCAGGACGGGAACGCGCGCGACGAGUUUGCGGGCGAGAACGACCCGGAGCUGAGGAACGUCAUCCAGGGGUUCAUGGCGAUGUGCAGGAAGUCGGGCAUGCAGGUCGGGAGGGACGAACCUGCGAUCGCCUCGGUCAACCUGCCGCGCAAGGAGCCGACCGACCCGAUCAGGAAGAAGGCCAUCGCGACGAUUCGGGCGAAGCUUAUCUCAGUCACCCCGAAGCCGAACAUGGUGCUCGUCGUCCUCUCCAACGGAGACAAGCAUGUCUACUCUGGGAUCAAGCAUUUGUGCGACGUCUACCUGGAUGUGACGACGGUGUGUGUCCACGCUGCGAAGAUCAGGAAGGAGAAGGGCCAGGUGCAGUACUAUGCGAACGUGGGGCUAAAGGUCAACAUGAAGAUGGGAGGCGUGAACCAUUCGCUCGAUCAGAGGAACAUGACGUGGUUAAGGCAGGCACCGACAAUGCUCGUCGGCAUGGACGUCACGCACCCUGGGUUCGGAACCGUGAAGGGGACGCCGUCGAUCGCGGCUGUCGUUGCCAGCGUGGAUGAUAGGUAUGGCCAGUUCCCUGCCACACUCCGGAUUCAGGAGUCGAAGAAGGAGAUGAUCACCGACCUCGCCUCUAUGAUGGAGGAACGUCUGAACUCGUUCAGAGCUAAGAACAGGGUUCUCCCUGACCGCAUCCUCGUAUAUCGCGACGGAGUCUCCGAGGGUCAAUUCGCGAUCGUCGUCGCUGAGGAAAUGCCAGAGAUAAAGAAUGCAUUCAAAAAGUUCGGCACAGCGCAGAAGCCCUACCUACCCAAGCUCUCUAUCGUCAUUUGUGGCAAACGCCACCAUACCCGGUUCUAUCCCACUGAGGCGCAACAUGCCGAUAACUUGGGCAACCCAAAGGCGGGCACCGUCGUCGACCGUGGUGUCACGGCAGUCUACGACUUCGACUUCUUCCUGCAGGCCCACGGAGGACUGCAAGGAACAACGCGUCCGACGCACUACUACGUCGUGCACGACGAGAACGGCUUCACGGCCGAUGGGCUGCAGCGCCUGACGAACGACGUCAGCUACAUGUUCGCACGCGCCACGAAGGCCGUCAGCCUCGUCUCUCCUGCAUACUACGCUGAUCUGGCCUGCGAGCGUGGCCGGUGCUACCUGCACGCGCUGCUUCAGGGCCACUCUGACAGCGGGACGACGGCGACGAGUGGAUCUGCGGAGGAUGAAGUGUACCGCGAGGCCGAGAAGAUGUGGCACGGCGGCGUGAAAGGCAGAUUGAAGGAUACGAUGUUCUAUCUUUGAGUGAAUGAGCGCAGUGUCGGGGUUGUAAUAUUAGCCUAGGAUAAGGUGUAGCCGUAGAAGGUCGCGAGUGUUGUACCGCUAUGCUACUGUAUGUAUGGAUGUUAUGUACUGGGAGAUGACGGUUGCGUCAUGCUUGGGAUGGGUUCAACCUUACAGCCCUCGAGGUAGAACAGCUGGUCUCGUCCAGUUCGUUGGUGCGUUCGCAUUGGCGAUGCACUGAGAUCAUGGACUGAUGGUCAUCCAGCUGUAUUAGGAUCCUGUAUGUUGUGUACGUUCUUAGCGGAUGAGUAGCUCGUUUCAUAGAUAACUUAAGUCGAGACCGACUGACCGUUCGGAGAUGCACAAUAAUGUUGCACUCUAUUGUGAUAAGUACUCUAAUCGACUUUCUCCUUGC